CUCAAACAGUAACAAGAAGACAGCCUGUUGUCUCUGGAAAAUUUGGGCCUCAGUAAUUCAAUAUAAUAAUAAAUCCAUUGGCGAGAUAAUGGCUUCUUCAAGGAGAUGGGCAGCCACCGUUUCAUUCUUCGCCUCUUGGUUCUUUUUCUUUAUUAUAAUCUUUCAAGUCUCUCUCUUCAGGGUACCAUGUAGAAUUGGAAUGUGUACAUCACCGGUAGAAGUUACAUCCUCCCAGUUGAUUGCAACAGAGCUCUGCCCUGCAAUUUUUGUUCAGGCUCUUCUUUACCCUGGAGCCAUUGCUAAAGCUUUCAACAAGAACAAAACCAUCCCAAGUUUUGGUAAUUUGUUGAAGCUAUAUAACCUUACCAAUAUGAAGAAACACUCUGCUGCAAUUGAUCUCCAUCACCUUGAGAUUAUUGCAGGAUGCUACUUGACUGUGGGAGGAGCUCUACUAGGACUUAUAAACACAGGGAGAAUGAGCCUCUUUGGAAUACUUCUUAUUAUAUGGGGUCUUGUAAGAGAAGGGAUUCUAAGAAAAUCCGCUAAUAUGAAUCCUAUGAAAACUUUUCAAUUCUACCCAGCAAUGUCUAUUGCUGUAGUCUUUGCUGCCUUGUCCAUAAGAAAAGAUGUCAGGAAACUAAUCCGGAGUUCCAGAGCUCGUCAAGUUGGGAAAUGUAUGAGAUCCAAAGCUAAGUAUAUGUGACUUGAGGAUGUUAGAACCUGUACAUGUUCAUGUAGCAUUUUCAGGAGAUACUUGCUGAUUUUCAGAACUUGCAAGGAAAGAGUUAGAAGAAUCUUCUCUGAUCAAGUAGUUGUAGUAUUCUAUACAUGAAGGCUCAUAGCUGGAAAGAGGCAGAAAUUGUUUUUCUCCUUGUAAUUUGGUUUCUGUACAUGGGCUUUUGCACCUGUUGUUUUACAGAUUUGCUAACCAAAUCCCCAUUUAACUUGCUUGUUUUUGGAGGAUUCUAUUUAUUUAUUUUUUUAAAAA